AUGUCUAGCAUUUACGGAAAUGACGCUGAUGGCUCAUCGGCCACGGUCCCGCAAGGCAUGAAUGCAACCAUGGUUGGUCUUUACACAGCAACAAGGGUCAAAACUAAGUUCGAAGACCUUCAGCAACAUUUGUAUCAGGCCCAACGGAUUAUCUCUCGCUUGGAAGGCGCGCAGGAGGUCAUUGUUACUCAGAACGACGAGCUCAAGAAAGAAAACGAUCAACUUCGGCUUCAAGUUGCGCAGGCUCAGAGCGAAGAGUGGGAUAACGCGGCACCAAUGGUACAGCAGUCAGGAGAAGAGCUGUUGACCACACAACGGGCGCCCAAUCCUCAACAAAUGCAUAAGAGACAGGCAUAUUCACGGCAGACAUCAGGCCAACGUACAGACAGCAGCAAAGAGGAGGUGAAAAGCUCGCCCAACGAACACAAUGCGAAAAGGCGACAUGGCGUCAUUUCUGGUCAAGAAAGAGUUCAAUCACGAAGUAAAGCCGUCGAAUUUCUUAACAAACUUCAGGACAAGCUUUUUGAUGAUCUUUCCGGUGCCCAUGAGCCAGGCCCAGCCGCCGAGAAACGAAAGCGUCGAGCACAUCUAGAAGAAUUUGCAUCUUUCGCUGAGCCAAGACAGUGGUUCUGCUUCCGAGAUGUUUGCGAGAACGGUCAAAGAGCUAUCGGUUUCACAUUCCGUCGUGUCUGUCCGGCUCAUGGACAGGGAUGUGGUAUCAUUAUCAGGAGUGGCGACAAUAAGUUUGGCUACGACAUCUUCGCCUCGACAUUCGAAGAAAUGCAGCGCAGAAAUGAUUGA